UGUUCGUCGUUUAGCUACAAAAAUAAUAAUCAAAGAUGAAAAAUCUUCUAAUACGUGUGUUAAUAAAUGUUCAUUACAUGGUCGCUGUUUGUUUUAUGAAAAUAAUAAAAAUCAAUUUUGUUUUUGUGAUGAAGGUUGGACUGGUGAAUUGUGUGAUAAAAAAUUAAAUGUCAGUUGCUCAAGAAAUUUAUUUAUAUUUCAUUCACUUUGUAUCUGUCCACUUGGUUAUUUUGGUCGUACUUGUUAUGCAGAAAUUGAUCUCUGUCCUAGCGCUGGUGAUAAUGUUUGCUUAAAUAAUAGUACGUGUACAACGGAUAUAAAAGCAGAAACAUUUACUUGUUUGUGUAAAGCUGACACAUGGGGUUAA